UAUCGCUUAUCUGAGGAUGACGCUAGCUACCCGGUCUUCCCCAUGCGGAACACCUGCCCCAAAUAUCCAUUUCCCCAUAUCCCUAAUUGGAAGAAGCUACCAAUUGCCCAGACUACAUCCACCACGAACAUUGCAGUUCAAUUCAACCGGAAGCAGAUUGGAAGAUGGUUCCCACCUGGAAUCAGACGUCACGCAGUCAAAUCCUCAGCUCCGAAUGUGGCCCUCUUUGCGGCGGCAGCGGGGAACAAAAGGAACCGAGCUGCUUUUCAAUCCGAGUUACUCCUUGAACAUGGACGCUACACCAUGGCAUUCAAUGGCAUCCGAGAUCUUGAGUCCGAGAAACAACUCUGGUCAGGUCAUUGUCGCGUCUCCAGGGCAUGGUUGGGUGUCAAUGUGACGACUGAUAAAGUCAUGCAUUUCGAUCUCAUCUUGAUGGAUGCCAAGGGAAAUGAUAUAUGGGUGCAUAUCCCACCAGUGCUGCAAGACCACUUCAAACGAUUGCUGCAGGAACAGCAGGUCUACAACAUUAAAAACUUUGAGCUUCACACGACCCAACUGAAAUAUCGCCCCAUUGCCAAUACAUAUAUCAUGUCGUUCUCCCGGAAGACUACUGUUGAGCAUGUUCCUGAUGUCCCUUCCAUUCCUGCCUUCAAAUUCAGUUUCCUCAAAGCAAGUGACAUGGCAUCUAAAUUGAAUGAUGUGGUCGUCCUCUCAGGCAUUACUUAUGUUCUCAAACCUAAGCCUACGUUGUUUUACAGAGGGGAUGUUGUCAAAGUUAUUAUCUGGGGAAGAGUUGUAGCUGAAUUUGAUAAGUUGAUCAAACCUGGUGAUGAUGAACAAGUCAUACUGGUUGUAACUGCUGUUUCUGUCAAACCCUUCCUAGGUGAACUUUGCUUUAAUUCUUCGGGUUCAACAGUGUUGUGUCCCAACCUUGAUAUCCCAGAAGUAAAGGCUUUCACAACCAGGAAUGUGCAACCACAGCAGCCUGUGUUUGUUGAAUUACCCCCACCCCCCUUCAUUCCUAAUAUUACUCUAUCGGAAUUGCUGGAACUUCAAUUGGACCCUGAUAAUGAGAUAUCGUAUACAGCUUGA